UUCCUUAUUACACAAACUCCAUAAAAACUCACAUCUUCUCUCCUAUCCUUUUCAACUACUUCCCUCUCUCUCUUAAUCAAAUCGAUUGAUGAAGAUCAGGUGCGACGUCUGCGACAAAGAAGAAGCGUCGGUGUUUUGCACCGCCGACGAAGCGUCUCUCUGCGGUGGCUGUGACCACCGAGUCCACCACGCUAAUAAACUCGCCUCAAAACAUCUCCGUUUCUCUCUCCUUUAUCCUUCUUCCUCAAACAACUCAUCUCCUCUCUGCGACAUCUGUCAGGAUAAAAAAGCUCUGUUGUUUUGUCAACAAGAUAGAGCUAUUUUAUGCAAAGAUUGUGAUUCAUCGAUCCACGCGGCCAACGAACACACGAAGAAACACGAUAGGUUUCUUCUCACAGGGGUUAAGCUCUCUGCUACAUCUUCUGUUUACAAACCCACUUCAGAAACUUCUUCUUCUUCAAGCAGCCAAGAUUGCUCUGUUCCUGGAUCAUCAAUCUCUAAUCCUCCUCUCAAGAAACCUCUCCCAGCUCCUCCUCAGAGCAACAACUCCAAGAUCCAACCUGGAGAUGCAACGAUGAACCAGUGGGGAUCUACAAGUACUAUUUCAGAGUAUUUGAUCGACACCUUACCUGGUUGGCACGUUGAGGACUUUCUCGACUCCUCCCUUCCUCCUUUUGGAUUCUCUAAGAGUGGUGAUGAUGAUGGAGUGUUGCCAUAUGUGGAAGCAGAAGAAGACAGCACUAAGAGAAACAACAACAAUACAGUGUCACUUCCAUCUAAGAGUUUAGGGAUUUGGGUCCCUCAGAUUCCACAAACCCUUCCUUCUUCAUACCCAAAUCACUACUUUUCUCAAGACAGCAGCAAUAUACAGUUUGGUAUGUACAACAAAGGAACAUCACCAGAAGUACAUUCUUAUACUCCAAUACAAAACAUGAAACAACAAGGACAGAACAACAAGAGAUGGUAUGAUGAUGGUGGCUUCACUGUCCCACAGAUCACUACUACUACUACUUUUACUCAUCCUCCUCCUCUUUCUUCUAAUAAAAAAUCUAGAUCCUUCUGGUAAUUUUAUAAUCUCCCCUACAUGGGUUCUUUUUUGUUUGUUUGUUUGUUUGUUCGUUUGUUGCUACUUGAUUUCUUUCAACUUCGAUCUUGAUAGAACUAGCAUCUCUUUUUUGUUAUGUCUUUUGUAAAUUUGAGUGUGAUUGAGGUUUUGUUGUUUUAAUCUUUGUAAUAAUCCUAUAUAUAUAUAUAAAUAUUCUCUUUGGA